AUGGAAGGUCUAGAUAAUGUCAAUGUGGAAAGGGUUGCAUACGCGGCUAGUAAUGUGGUUGUAUAUGUGGUUGGAAAUACGGAUGAUGAUGGGAGCCGGAUUGAGGUUGGUAAUGAAGAUUUGGAUCAUCCUGCAGCUAAUUUGGUGGACGUGGAAUAUGUGAGUAAUAAUUAUAAUCUUGAAAAGAUUGAAGCAAGGAGAAAGGUAGGGAACAGCUCGGACGUUGUUUAUGUGCUCAGUUUCUGCAGAGGUGACUCUUCGAACAACUCUUGCUUCAAGUGCUUAAGCUCUGCUGCUGAAGAUUUGAUGAUCAAGUGUCCAAACCAAAAAGUUGCGGUCACCUGGGGGACAGGAGAGCCUCCUUGCAUCAUCAUUUACGCUGAUGGUCCGAUGUACGGCAAGAAGAUGACAUUUCCGACACUAAAGUCACCUAACGUAGACAACAUCACGAUGGAUCAGAAUCAGUUCGAUCCAAUAUGGAGGAACUUUACGGAGGAGCUGGCAACAAGCACUUCGAUGGGGACGUCAGAGCUCAAGUUUGCAGCAGGGAGAACGGUGUUGCCGAACUUCCAGACCAUGUUCGUGCUGUCACAGUGCAGCCCUGAUUUGUCUCAGAUUGAUUGCCAGAGUUGCCUGUGGGAAUUCUGA